CCUAAUUAAGUGCCAAUUGUAAUUUUGAUCUACCCAUCAUAAACUCCCAAGUUCUAUGAUUCUGGUACUAUCCUUCCCAAAUCUACAGAGUAUAGACUAAACAACCACUGAUGACUGAACCAUAUCAUUCGUCAAUAACAGAAACUUGACCCUACUCUAACCCACCACUUUCAAGUUUCAGCUUUUUCUACGCCACGAGAGUACUAUAUCCAAAUUAACCAGCACAAAAAUGCUACCAAUUUCCGUCUUGUUUACCUGACCAAAUCUUUUCUAGUUUUUCCCUUGUACACUUGUUGCUCUCUAAAAGCAGAUAUGUCUGAAUCGUCGAACGUUUCGGCGCCGCUGCUGCGGUCACUGCAGUCGUCUUCUGAUGCGGAGAACUCCUCUCGGAUGCCGCAGACCACGGCGUUGGCACUGCUCCUUGGCCGAGCUGCCGGUCGUCGCGGUCCCUCGAUGUUGGUGAGGGAGACGGCGGCGCGUGAGCUUGAGGAGCGCCGCGCCGACUGGGGUUACUCCAAGCCAGUGGUUGCGCUUGACAUACUCUGGAACAUGGCCUUCGUUGUAGCUUCAUUUGUUUUGUUGAUCUGCACUUUUCACGAGAAUCCUAAUGUCCCAAUUAGGGUUUGGAUCUGUGGCUACGCUGUACAGUGUUUGGUGCACGUUUUGUUGGUGUGGAUGGAGUACCGUCGGAGGAGGAGGAGAGAGAAUGAAAGUGUUCGUCGCGGUCGUGCUGCUGCAGAUCUUGAGGCGGGCGAGGGUGGUGAGUACAGGGGGAGGUUUGAUUUGGAUGGUAAUGAUAGUGAUGGGGAUGAUGAUGGAGGUAUGCUUUUGUUUGGGGCUUCUGCUCAGUCCAGUUUCUCGAAAAGAUGCGAAUCUGUGAACACAAUGGCAUCUUUUCUGUGGUGGAUUGUCGGCUUUUAUUGGGUGGUUUCUGGUGGUGAGCAGCUACUCCAAGAUGCCCCACGGCUGUAUUGGCUGACUGUUGUCUAUCUGGCAUUUGAUGUUUUCUUCGCUAUAUUCUGCGUUGUCUUGGCCUGUUUGAUAGGGAUUGCCCUAUGCUGCUGUUUGCCAUGCAUUAUAGCAAUUCUUUAUACAGUUGCUGGACAAGAAGGGGCCUCUGAGGCCGAUCUUAGCGUGCUGCCAAAAUACAGAUUUCAAGCAUCAAAUGAUGAUGAAAAGCAUGGUGUGGAAGCGGGAGUGAUGGUUCCAUUGGAGACUGGUAAUGGAUACUUGCCCAGUGAACGCGUUCUUUUGCCUGAAGAUGCAGAGUGCUGUAUCUGUCUCACGUCAUACGAUGAUGGAGUAGAGCUCCAUGCACUUCCAUGCAACCAUCACUUCCAUGCAACAUGCAUUGUGAAGUGGCUCAAAAUGAAUGCGACAUGCCCCCUUUGCAAAUACAAUAUCGUCAAAUGAUAGUUCGUACGUGUUUGAGCAUACAAGGAAACUAUUGAGCUCUUCCUUUGCUCUUAUAUUGUACAGAAUUGUAACGGUAGAAGAGGUAUCACAAGAUAAAUAGUUCCAAGCAUGUGACUGAUAAUCAUCAUUUUGGUGCUUGAUGUGCUGCCUUUUCCAGUUGCUUGCAGCUAUCAUUCUUUGUAGAAGCUUUCUCCUGGUGGAUUGACCAGCCUGUUAAAUUCAGAUUGGCGAAGAGAGAUCUUCUUUUGGUAGCUUCGUAUAUCGUUUAUGAUGUAACUAUAGGAGUUCCGAAAAUUUGUACAAUGAUCUUAGUGUUUGUAAACUCUUUUUUCUAUGCGUUCAUUUGAUCAGCUUAAAUUUACAGGUGGAGAGUCUGGAGACUACCGUGAUUUAAAUAUGUAAUAUGUGUUACUUGUCCCAAUAUAAGUUUAAUUUUUGCUGAUAGUGAAGUUGAUACUAGGAGUUGUUUAGUAAUAUUUUUAUAUACUGGGAAAUGGAUGAGAAGGUUGUAUCAUGGUUGGUUUAUGAAUAAGUUGUUAAUUACAAAUGUAUAGAAUCUAUCUGUACAGUUGUCCUUUUUUUAGAUAAAACAUCAUCAACUGAUAGUUCCUUGA